AUGGCUCAAUCACAACCUGCUUCCACCAACAACGGUGGCUCCCGCAAGAUCUCAUUCAACGUGUCCGACCAGUAUGAUAUUCAGGAUGUGAUUGGCGAGGGUGCCUACGGCGUGGUUUGUUCGGCGCUACACAAGCCCUCUGGUCAGAAGGUGGCUAUCAAGAAGAUUACGCCUUUCGACCACUCCAUGUUCUGCUUGAGAACGCUCCGAGAGAUGAAGCUGCUGAGAUACUUCAACCACGAGAACAUCAUCUCCAUACUCGACAUCCAGAAGCCCCGUAACUACGAAACCUUCAAUGAGGUUUACUUAAUCCAGGAGCUCAUGGAGACCGAUAUGCAUCGUGUUAUUCGCACUCAGGAUCUUUCCGACGAUCACUGCCAGUACUUCAUCUACCAAACUCUGCGUGCGCUCAAAGCCAUGCACUCUGCUAAUGUUCUGCACCGCGACCUCAAACCGUCCAACCUAUUGCUUAAUGCCAACUGCGACCUAAAGGUAUGCGACUUCGGCCUUGCCCGUUCCGCCGCCAGCACCGACGACAACUCAGGAUUCAUGACCGAAUAUGUCGCCACCCGCUGGUAUCGUGCGCCCGAGAUCAUGUUAACUUUCAAAGAGUACACCAAGGCCAUCGAUGUUUGGUCUGUGGGAUGUAUUCUCGCCGAGAUGUUGAACGGCAAGCCCCUGUUCCCUGGCAAAGACUACCAUCACCAGCUGACUUUGAUCCUUGAUGUUCUUGGCACACCUACGAUGGAGGAUUACUAUGGCAUCAAGUCCCGUCGCGCUCGCGAGUAUAUUCGCUCCUUACCUUUCAAGAAGAAGAUCCCUCUCAAGCUUAUCUUCCCCAAAUCGAGCGAGGUGGCCCUGGAUCUCCUGGAGAAGUUGCUGGCUUUCAACCCGGUCAAGCGCAUCACUGUCGAGGAGGCCUUGAAGCACCCUUACCUCGAGCCGUAUCAUGAUCCGGAGGAUGAGCCGACUGCCGAGCCGAUUCCCGAGGAGUUCUUCGACUUUGACCGCAACAAGGAGCAGUUGAGCAAGGAGGAGCUGAAGGGCCUGAUCUGGCACGAGAUUAUGAGAUGA